CUGUGCCAAAAUUUACACACGCACCGCACCAAACAAAGCAAAGCCCCCCAAAGCCAAAGGCAUCAUAUAUCUCAAUACUCUAUUCUCCUCGCUUUCUCUCUGCGUCUUCGCCUUAUCUUCUUCUCAAGCCCUAGCCCCCCUGCCCAAAGGUUCGCCUGAAAAUGGGGAAAUCCAGAGCUGCUGCUCCUAAAAGAACCGAGACCAAGUUAAAGACCAAAAGUGCUGGAGCGAGUAAGAGGACAUCGAAGAAGGCUGGAAAGGAUCCAAACAAGCCAAAGAGACCUGCGAGCGCCUUCUUCGUUUUCAUGGAGGAUUUCAGAGAGAAGUACAAGAAGGAACAUCCUAACAACAAAUCUGUCGCUGCUGUCGGAAAGGCUGGUGGUGACAAAUGGAAAUCUUUGUCAGAUGCUGAGAAAGCUCCCUACGUAGCCAAGGCAGAGAAGAGGAAGACUGAAUAUAACAAGACCAUGCAGGCCUACAACAAGAGUAUUGCUGAGGGAGGCAAUGGAGCAGAGGAGGAAGAAUCUGAUAAGUCCAAGUCUGAGGUGAAUAACGAAGAAGAAGAAGAUGAUGAGAGUGCAGAGGAUGAAGAUGAUGACGAGUAGAGAAGGAACGCUGGAAGGAGAAGCAAUUGGUGUAGGAUUGCUUAGAAGAUAUUGAAUGACCUGCAUUUUCUGAAUUUUAGCUGUGUCUCAUGAUAAAAUAGCUACAUUUUUAGGAUAGGGAAGGAAAAAGAGAAAGGAAAAAACAACCAAGGGAUUAAGUUUCAGGGGGUCUUGUAAACCUGAUUUCCCAUAUCAUCUGUACUUAAUUAAUGAUCCUUUUUAUGUCCAAAUGCUUUCUAUUUUGCGAUAUAAUGCGCCUUCUUUGAA